UGAAAGCGUCGAUCUCAUAAAUAUACCUACGUAUAAUUAUACAUAUGUGAGCAUGCGCAUAUUUGUAUGAAUGUGGAAUUUUUUUAUCAAAUAAGAUAUCAAAGAAUAUAACUACGAACGAAGAAAUUAUUAGAAGCUUCUCGAAAUCAUAGUUUGGGACGAUAUGCAGGAUCGUCGGACUGGACUGCUGAGAAAUAGCUACUCGACUGUAGCUGAUGAACUUUUUUUAUACUACUGGCCAAUGAUGCAUGAAUAGUAUACUUAAAGCUGGUGUAAUUACGACAGUAGUUUCGAUAAUCUUAAAUUAUCUUGUUCCAGUGAAAAUAUAACCUCACAUUUACUAGGAUCUAUGUGCCUUAAAUGCCUUCCAGUGUAUCACCUCACACAAAGUGUCACCUCAUCUGACACAAAAUAUAAAUUGCGUUCUUUACUAUUAUAACAUAUUUGUAUAGCCAUUAUCAAUGAAAACCAUCUUUUAAUUGCAUAAUUGAUUUCUAUACUGUUGAUAUAUAUUCCUAUGUCGAUGUUCACAGUAUUGCUCAUCGUAUAUCGUCAGUGGCAUCUUUAUGACAUCUUUAUCUUUUUAAGCAUAGAUACAGAUCUUAAAUAAAGAUGACAUCUUUGUCUUUUUUCUUAAACGUUGUCCACAAGACAACGAAAUUUUACUUAUAUACAAUUUGCAAAGUUAGUGAAUCUUAACUUUGCAUUGCUAGUGACGGUUCUUAUGUUAUUUACUUAGUUAAUUGUUUUGUGGUAUUUGUGGUUCCUGAAGAAAGAAUACGUUGUUAAAUCAAAAGCAAAUUGCUUUAUCGAAAGUGUGUAAUGGGUGAUCUUUCUAUUCGUGGAUCAACUAUGCAGAAUUUUGAUGAUCUUGAUAUAGAAGGGCGCAAUCCUUCUCAUCUUUCAGAAGAAGAUAAGGAAAAGGAAGAACAUGAUCGGAAACGUUUAAUGCGAAGCAGUGUAACUGCUGAAGAUGGCACUCUCAGACCUGUGUAUUCCAAAACCGAUGAUGGUGACAUAUGGUGUCACAUAUGUAACAUUGCUCUGUUUGGAGCACAUAAGUUGAUAAGUCAUAAUUCGUGUAAUCGUCAUAAAAUUAAGUUGGACGAAUGGCCAUAUCCCGUGUUACUAUGGUCGAAACGUUCUGAUAUCGCGAAAGCAACUGCUCCUGUUCAAUCGACUGCUAUUACGGAUGCUUUAGCACCAGGUGAGCCAGUACCACCAGGAAUGGAAGAUCAAUUAACAAGAACGACGACGAUCCAAGUGAGUUUAGAUCGCCAUAGAAGUUCUCCGCUUGUUGGUCUUGAAUAUUUACUUGAACUUGUGGACAAUGAUUCCUGCGAACCCAGUUAUACUUGUGUUUUGUGUGAUAAACGUGGUGAUCCACGGACUGUGAUGGCUCAUAUUACCAGUUACAAUCAUCGGAUAACAUAUUUGAAUAGACAUUUUCCAACAAUAUCGCGAGCUAUUACAGAAUUACCGCGUACUCCUAAUUACAAACGUGGAGCCAACGAAAUAUCAGUGUUAGCAGCAAAAAAAAUUGAAGAACGAUUUGGAAGACUACAGCCACAAUUAGUAGACAAGAAUCAAUUUGAAAAAAAUAAAAUGCAAUAUAUCAAAAGGGUAUAUCAAGACUAUCAUUUUAGGGAAACACCUGAGUUAACAUUAAUGGAAGUUUACGAUGUGAGAUGGGUGACAAACUUUGAAGAAAAGAUGGCUGAAAUUGCUGGUAAUAAUAGUAAUAAGAAAGAUUCUCAAUCACCUGAAGAGAAAACAGAUGGCAAAUUUAAAAAGGAAGAGAAGAAACAAGAAAAAUCAUCUCCGAAGAAAACAGAAUCUAAACAAGAUGUUACAAAAUCGGUUUUCAAGAUACGAAUUCUUACCAAGGACAAAUUAAAUUUACGUAAGCCCAGUGAAAAAAACACGGAAAACUUAAAAAACUCUCCUAAACGCCCAUCAGACGAGACGAAAUCCCUAUCAUCACUAUCAAGUAUAUCAAGCAGCCCAUCGCCAUCGCGUUCAAGAUCACGUUCUCCCGUUCGUGAUAGAAGAAGUAGUGUAUCGGACAAGAGUAGCAAAUAUCGUACCAGAUCACGAUAUUCUCGUGAUCGUUCGCGUUCGCGUUCACGUUCGCGUUCUCGAUCACGAUCACGUUCAUUGGAACCACUUCGAGAACGCGAUAAAUGGGACAAGUAUCGGGAACAAAUUAGACGAGCCGAGGAAACACUCGAUCGCGCAUUAAAGUUCCAUGAAAAAAAUCCAGAAAAACAUCCUUCUUAUCCGGACGAGUGGAAAAAAUUCUGGAAUAGACGAUACAAAGAAUUGCAAGCUGAGGGCAAAGACCCGAGCAAACACGAUUUCAAACCUGAAUGGAUCGAAUUUUGGAACAAACGAAUGCGCGAGAUUCAUAAUGAUCAAUUACAACAAAGAAAAGAAGAAAUAAGAAAACGAUUGGAAUUAUCAGAAGAGAAGCCUCCUGAAAAGUGGAUUCCACCUUCAAGUAGACGCGAAAGAUCGCCUCCCUCAAAACGUAGCAGACAUCGUAUUGAGAGUGAUGAUGAAGUCGAAUACGUAGGUACAAAAACAAUAAAAACAGAUUAUUACGAUCGUCACGAUCCACGAGAAAGAGACUAUGUUUAUUCUUCCUAUUCACGAGGAAAAAAUAAUAUGUAUCGUAGUUAUUAUUCUCGGAUUGCACCACGUACGAGACCUAUCCAUUACGCGACACCAUAUCCUGUAAAAGACAAAUCACCAAGUCCACCGCAAAAGGAAGAAGUACUCAGCGAAGAUUUAGAAGUGGUAGGUUUAUUGCGACUUCUGACAGCUCUCGAGGGUCAAUUAGGCUCUCUAGGCCCUAAAAUAGUAUCACUUUUAUCACGGGCAUUAGCUGCUGAAAAAGCAAAGCCCAAUUCCGCUGAAGAAUUGCUUUACGACGAAGAAGUGAGCGUCCUAUUCGAAACGGUUAAAGAGAAACUGAAAGGACAGCUUUUUGCUGGUAUGAUAGAAAAGAUGGCUAUCGCGCCAACGAAGACAGCAAUACAAAACAUAGCGCAAUUAUUACACAAAGCAACUGAAAGUAAGAAAAAAAUGGAAGAGGAAAAGAAGAAAAAACACGAACUUCUUGAAGCAAGUAGAACUAGUAAUUUUGUGAGUGGAAGAACUAUAUAUCCUAGACCCAUAGAAAUGGUUACACCACCAAUUAAUUCCGAGCCAGUUACUGUUCCUGGCGUCGGAACUGUGGAUAAAGUUGCGAUAGCUCAACAAAUCGCUGCUGCUCUCGUUGCACAAGGUAGAUCGAAUGUAUCUCAGGAAGAACUAGAAACAUUAAUUAAUGCGGUAGUUGGUAUGGCAGAAGCAUCGAAACAUUCGGACAAGCCUGUCACCACCGCUGAUUUUGUGAAAGGUUUGGCAAGUGGUGGUACUGGUGUAACUGCCAGUGUUACAAGUGGUAUUACGACUGGAAUUACAGGCACCUUUCAAAGUAGUACAUCGACAUCCACAUCAACUUUAGUAACUUCUACAUUAACCGAUACAGUGGAUCAAGUUUCAAGAAUGGAAAAUUUAUCAGACACAGAUUUAAAGAUGCUUUUACAAAAUUUUAAAGACCUAAGUACCCACGAACAACAUGGUCUUAUAAAUUUCCUUAAAAAGUUAGAAGCUACUGAUCUACCCAGGGUAGAAAAAUUAAGAGCAUUCGUUAAUUUAAGCGUUGUAGUACCUUCUAGCAUAUCGCUAUCAAAAAAAUCACCUACCCCUGAACUGAUUGAAAUGUCAACGAGCAAGACGAAUAGAAAAACCUCGCCAUUCUCUAUACGUAAAGGAAAUCAAAAUCCAUCAGAUGAAGAAAACAAAUGGGUACCUAAGUUAGAUAUGUUUGCUAACGACGAUGAGGAAGAACAACAGCAACAAAAAAAAGAUGAUGAUAAAUCUAAAGUGAAAUUAGAAUUAUCGGAUGAUGACGAUGAUUAUACUUUCGAAGACAUUUACAAAGCAGCUGAUAAAAAUGUGAAUGAAAGUGAGAAAGCAAAAAAAAGGACACGUGUCUUUUCAAAAUCAAUUUCGAAUUCGCCUCGCUCGUGGUCUAGAUCACGUUCGCGUUCGCGUUCACGAUCACCAGCAACGAGAACUUCGGAUAUCACUAAAUCUAAUGAUCCCAAUGCGAUCCUAAACGAAACUAAACGUUUAAUAGCGAAUAUCAUGGGUGACCUUCCAAACAAAUAUGUACCAAAAUCACAUAUAAACUUCGCUAAUGAAAAUUCAGAACAAAGAUCGUCAGGUCCAAAGAUGAUAGAUCAUACUUCAUCGGCGAUAGCUCCGAUGCAAAACUUUUAUAAUCAAAAUUAUGAUGCACCAACUAAUCAGCCACCCCGACCACAAGCUCCACCAUUAACUUAUCCAAACGUUCCUAAUCAACAAUUUCCGAAUUAUCCACCUCAACCGCAAGUUUUUGGUACUAAUCAGAAUUACAUAGACAAUGGUUAUAAUUAUCAAGGAUAUGCUAACAUGAAUAAUCAAAAUCAAUAUGCUCCGUCAACUGUACCACAAAAUCAAUACUCUCCACAGCAAGGAUAUGGUGCUGCUACUGGAUACGGUGGUCCACCGGGUGGUCAUCCAUCCGGAUAUCCUCAACAACAAUCAUCUCAACAACCGCAACAAUCAUAUGGAACAUACGCGCAACAACAACGUUUCUACUAAACACUUCAUUGUAUAGAAUAGUAGCGCGUGUGUCGAUAAAAGAAUGCUAUUAACAAAUUUUAUACAAAUCAUCGAUACUCGAUCAAGACAGUGUCUUUCUAUUCCUAGAUGUUUUUGAAAGUUCUUUCAACUAACUUGGAAUAGAAUUAUGUCAAUCUUUUACAAUGUUUUGUGAUGAAAAUAUCGCAAGUUUUAGUUUCAGAAAACAGAAUAUUAUUAUCCGUAUAUUUAUGUUAAUACGGACACAGAGAUUUUUAUUUUCAACAGAUUUCCAAUUUUGUCCAUUGUAUAAAUAUAAAAAGAAAACAAUGCGUUUUGCCUGCGUUACUACUUUCCGAUGGACACUUCGUUUUUUCUCGUUCUUCGUGGCACCUGCAUUUAAAAUUUUGAAAUAUUCUUAUUAUUACAUUGUUUUUUUUUUUUUCUUAUACAUGUAUCUAUUAAAAUUAUUUUUCUUUUUUUAUCGCUUUAUUCUGUCUGGAGAAAAUCGCGCAAAGACUACUAUCGUUUCAAUGUGGAAAUUGUACAAGAAAAGUGAAUAUGUAUGAAUGAAUGUGUUUCAUAUGACUGUGUAUGUGCUAGAUCGAUACAUCCUACGUGGUAAAAGAGUAAGUAAUAAUGCAGUGUGUUAUAUUGAACUGUGCAAAAUAUAUCUACACAUAUAUAUUUUGCAAAAUAAACGGUAAUUUCAAAAUUAUUAAUUGAAAAAUAUAUAUUUCGCACAUUAAUAAUAUAUAUAUAUAUAUAUAUAUAUAUAUAUAUAUAUAUAUAUAUAUAUAUAUUACUAAUUGCAAUAUGUUAAAAAAAAGAUCUAUAUAUUAUAUUAUCCGAUAAGAUAAGUCGUCCAUUUAAGUUUCAUUUUAUUUCGAUUCUUAUUACUACCAUUUUUUAGACGUUACAGAGAAAGCAGAUAAACAUUGUACUGGAGAAAUCUGAAAAAAUGCUGAUGCCAUAAAAAAAAUAAAAAUUAAUAAAUAAAUGAAUGUUAACAACGUAUCGACAUAAACGCAGCAGCGGAUAAACAAACGACUUGUAAAAAUGUGACAUUUAAAAUGAUUACGAAUAAUGUUGAAAUGGAAUUGAUCGUAAUCAUAUGAAAAGAAUGAUUGUAAGAUGAUGAGAAAAAUACAUAAAAAUGAAUCGUUUA